AUGACAGUCAGCUAUGGCCAUCCAGAAACUGGUCGCCACGGCCGUGAUGGUGGCUCUGGUCUCGCUUAUCCUCAACAACGCCGCCGCCUUCACCCCCAACUGGGUGUACCAGACCUUGGAGGACGGGCGCAAGCGCAGCGUGGGGCUGUGGAAGAUGUGCUGGCUGGCGGAGAAGGGGAGAGGAGGCGCGGGCACAAGUGCCAGGCACGGGCAAGGGGAGGAGCGCGAGUGCGAGUCCUUGGGCUGGGGUUCGGAGCCGGCUGGGUUCCAGGAGUCUCGUAGCACUGUCAAAUUGCAGUUUGACAUGAUGCGGGCCUGCAACAUGAUCGCCACAGUCGCUCUGACGGCAGGCCAGCUCCUCUUCAUGCUGGGCCUGGUGGAACUGCCCAUCUUUUCCCAGGAUACCCAGUGGUGGGAGGAAGCCAUCGCUGCCGUGUUCCAGCUGGCCAGUUUCGUGCUGGUCAUCGGAAUGGUGACGUUCUAUCGCAUCGGACCCUACACCAGCCUCUCCUGGUCCUGCUACCUGAACAUUGGGGCGUGUCUCCUGGCCACCGCGGCCGCAGCCAUCCUCAUCUGGAACAUCAUUCACCGACGGGAGGACUGCAUGGCGCCCCGCGUCAUUGUCAUCAGCCGCACCCUGACGGCUCGUUUCCGACGGGGCUUGGAGAACGACUACGUCGAGUCGCCAUGUUGA